AUGUCCUCCAAAUAUAACGUACUUUUAAUUGGUGCUGGUGGUGUCGGUACCAUCGUCGCAUAUGGUAUCGAUUACGUGGGUAAAUCGAAUUUGUCAAUUGUUGUGAGAAGAGACUAUGAAAAAGUCAAAGAUACUGGCUAUAACAUUGACUCAAUUGAUUAUGGAACAAUUGAAGGUUGGAAGCCUCAAAACAUCUAUCCUUCUGUUGAAGCAGCCGCAACUCCAAAAGUUGUCUACGACUAUGUUAUUAUUACGACAAAGAAUCUGCCUGAUAUAGUCAAGGUGGAAGAUCUUGUGGAGCCUGUUAUUACGCCGGGCGUAACAGCUGUUGUGCUCAUGCAGAAUGGUUUCGACCUUGGUCGGCCCUUCUUCGCCAAAUACCCAGAGAAUGUGAUUAUUUCCGGAGUUUCACACAUUGGUUCCCAUAACUCUAAUGGUGCAAUUCAUCAAACUCAAAAAGACAAGUCUUUCGUGAGUUACUUUGAGAGUCCGACGCUCUCUAAAGAAGUCCAGGAGGCUAAGACAAAGGAGUUCAUAUCCAUCUACAGCAAUGAAAAAAACGAAUGCAACUACUUUGAAAACGCUAAAUGGUAUAGAUACAGAAAAUUAGUCUAUAAUGCCACAUUGAACACCGUGUGUGCAUUAACCGGUGUUGACACUGGUCGUCUUGAGUUUUCAGGUGGUUUGGAAUCUAUCUCCAUACCUGCAAUGCGUGAAGUGAUCGCAGUUGCGAAAGCCGAUGGCGUCGAACUUCCUGAGGACGUCAUUAAUGCGGUGGUUCAUUCUGACGAUGGCGACUGGUUCGAACCAUCUAUGCGUGUGGAUGUGAAAAAGGGAAACCCCAUUGAAUUGGAAGUUAUCCUGGGUAAUCUUUUGAAGGUUGCAAAAGAGCUGGAUGUCGAAACUCCAAUCUUAACGGUAGUUUAUAAUCUUCUCAAGGUUGUACAAUAUCGUCUGAAAGAGGGACAAGGCAUGUUUACCCUCCCUGAGGAGCGUCCAAUAUCUGAUAAGUUUUACAAAUAA